AUGAAUUAUUUAGAUGAAAAUCUAGAAAACCUGGACACUUGUCCAGUGAUAUUAAGAUUUCAAGAAAGAACCACCAAAAUCAUAAUCACAAACUUACAAACUUUUUCCUCAAAAGAGCACAAAUUAGAAAUCCCUGAAGCAAUGGGAAUUUGGAGCGCAAUGUGCUUAAUUCCUGGGAAUUCUCAUUUUUGCUACGGAAAUUAUUAUAAUAAAGCAUGCACAGGGACAGCUUUUAUCAUUUCUGAAAAUAAAAAAAUUAGGAGGAUUCCGUCAGGGUUUCCUUGCAAUGGUGCAGGGACUAUUUAUUUCCAAGGGAGUGUGUAUUCUUUUGGAGGGUAUAAUAUGAUGCCUUUAAGAAUUGUUCAGAUAUUUAGCUUGGCAGAAAAUAGAUGAAGAUUGGCAGCGCCGUUGCCGAGUCCUCCUGAAUCUUUGGCUUGUGCAGUUUUCAGAUAUGUGAUUUUGCUGUCUGGGGAUAAUUUUAGCACUGUUUAUCUUUAUGAUCCUUUUAUUGACUGCUAUUCAGAUCUCCAGCUCUCUCUGAACUCAUUUGUGCCGAAAAUGGUUAUUGCUGCAGGUGAAAGAGCUUAUGUAAUUGAUGGAAAAAUAAUCUGAUUUCUGAUUUUUAAAAAAGAAUCUUCAAAUUCUCUUCAUAAAUUUUAUAGAAAAUAGAAUUUUUGCCAUUUGUAGAAGCCGGGAUAUUAACUUAAUAGAAAAUAUAUGAAAGUGAAAUCAAUAAUCCAUAUAAAUGGGAAGAAAUAGGAGAUAUAAUGCUUUCUUGGAACUCUUUACUGUCUUAUAAAGUCAGAUGAAAAAAUGCUGUUUAUUUUCAUCAUCGAUAUCAGCUAUAUGAAUUUGAUUUAACACAGAAAACACUAAAAAGGAUAAAACAUGAUGUAAGAUUCAGAGAAGAAGUUUAG